AUGCACAGCUCAUGCCAUUUUAAUGUCUUUACGUUUGUCUCAGGUAAAAGAAUCGUGGACAUCGAUGUGCCAGUCAACGGGUCUGUGAACAUCACAUCCCCAGACUACCCAGACAACUAUACCACAAACAUCCGUCUAACAUGGCUGAUCAGCGUUGCAGAGGGCCAAAGUGUAGUCUUGGUUUUCAGCCAUUUUGACCUGGAACCAGCCUACGACUACAUCAAGAUCGGUUUCGGAAAUGUUUCAGGACUCGAAGAGACUCGGUUGAUCACAGUCUCUGGGGUUUCACUUCCGUCGGAUAUCAAUACCCGGCAUCGGACAGCAUGGGUGGAAUUUGUAUCCGAUUCCGCUUUCGGUUUUUCCGGAUUCUCAAUUGAAAUCACUGGCAAAGUGGAGAUGGUAGAUUUUCUUCCCGAAGAAAUACGGAAUCAAACAGAUGGACGUUUGUUUUUACAAUCACCCAACUACCCAGACAAUUAUUUACCCAAUACUCUGAUUUCCUAUGUCAUCGAAGCGCCAGAAGAUUAUUACAUUCUCGUCCGUGUGUUGACACUUGAUACUCAAAGGGGGUUCGACAUCCUAUACAUUGGCGAGGGGAAGGAGGUAGGUCAACGGGAUACGAUCCGGGAGACGCUGACCGGAGAUAAACGACACAUAACAGCUUACCAUGAGUCUGAAACAAGAUGGCUCUGGAUAUUGUUUGUCAGUGACUACACCAAUGUUCUGUCGGGAUACACCAUGCAGAUAUCAUUCGUCACACCUAAUUAUCGAUUAUCACUGGACGAACCGAUGCUCUUUCAUCCUCCCAUUGUUUACACAUCCACCUGGAGAUUUUUCUUAUCAGCCAACUGGACCUUCGAGGGACCCAAGGACUCCGUCUUCAGAAUUCGAUUCAUAGACAUGAACUUCCACGUGGGACUGCAGUACUUCGUGGUUGGAAUCGGCCUGGAUUUCUUUGAUCUGGAGGCCUGGAGGUUCGGAAUAAGCGGCCACGAAGAGCCCCUGGACAUGAUAUCAGAUUCCCACCGAAUGACUAUUCUAGUUGCUAGUUAUACCGAUGCGGUGAACGGUAGUAUUUUGGCUGAGGUCACGGCUAUUCCUAAACCUGAGAACAUUGCUCCCCUCUUCGUACCGGCCGAAGAAUCAGUGAUCCUCACCUCCUCGCAUUACCCUCAUUCGUACCCUAACAACUAUCAACAAGUCUGGCACGUUGCAGCUCCAAAGGGCUACGUCAUCCGCAACCGCUUUCUGGAUUUUGAUAUGCCUUAUGACAACGAUGGCCUUUCAGUGGGAAAUGGUCUUUUUUACUAUCAAGGUAAUGGCAAUAACAUAGGACCGUAUUCUGAACUCGGGUGUAAAUUUUGUGGUUCAACUACGGAAAGCCAAUUGUGA